AUGGGUCAAAUUUUCGAUCGACAAGAUGCCGAGCCGACAUUUCAUACUAAAAAUCAAAUCACAAAAAUGUCCGAUAUAUCACAAUUACCACCUGAAUUAGCUUUGGCAAUUCUUAAGAAUUUAAAUGCUACUGAUUUAUGUCUUGCUGCAUGUGUUUGGCAAUCAUUAGCUAAUGAUGAAAUACUUUGGCUUGGGUUAUGUAAAUCUAAUUGGGCUUAUACAUCCGUCUAUAAGCGAGCUCAUAGUGAAGGUAUUUCAUUUCGUAGAAUCUAUUUACAACUUGAUGAAGGAACAUUACGAUUUAAUGCUGGACAAGGUCUUCAAUAUUUUAUUGAAAAUAGAUUGCUCGAUGAUACAUGCGAAGAAAUAUGUAAUUUUAUACAUAAUACAAGAAAAUUACGAGCAAGUGAAAAACGUAAAUUACUACAAACACGUCGUGACAUAUUAGAACGUCUUAUUGAACUUCAAUCAUAUGAAAAUCAAUUUUUACCAAAUGCUCUACGACAAUUUUUUGCUAAACUUGAUGCACCAGAAGAUCGUAAUGAAUAUUUAUCAAUUUUAAUUGAAAAUUUCUCCAAACGUUUUCACGAAUGUAAUAAAGAUCUUGGUUUAUCAACUGAAACUAUUUAUGUCCUAUGUUUUUCAUUAAUUCUUCUUUCUAUCGAUCUUACAUCACCACACGUUAAAAAUAAAAUGUCUAAACGUGAAUUCAUACGUAAUACACGUCGUGCCAUAAUUAAUGGAACAUUAAGUGAUGAAUUAGCUGGCCAUCUCUAUGAUAAUAUUUAUUUAAUUGGACAUGUAGCUCGUUCAACUCCGACUGUAGGUUAA